AUGGCAAACAUCUGUAUUUCUUUGGUGUACUAUUUUAUUUCAUCCCAAUUCUUUAAAAUAAUAAAUAUCAUUAUAAUUGAAGCCAGGAAAAUUAAACUAAGAAAUGAAAGAAUAGAGUUCACCUUACGUUCGGAAGAACUCGCUUUGGCUGAAGAAGUUACUCUUCUUAAGGUUGAAAUAGAAUCUAUUUCGCAACAGCUCGAGGAUGUUAAAGAACAAAUAUCUCAAAUGAAAUAUCAAAAUACAAUGAUAGAUAUAUGCAGCGAAUCAGAAAAAUCCAAAGUUGAAAGUCAUACAAUUAAUAUUAACAAUCAUAAAAAUGCUUUUGACGAUUUAUUUAAGAAAGGUAUGCAAAAAAAAGCUAGACAUAACUUAAAAUAUUUUAAAUGUGUAAUAGAACGUGAAGAUUUGGAAUUUAAACACAUGGAAUUGAAAGCUAAAAAAGCCAAAAAUGAAGAAAUAGAACGUCAAACAUAUGCAAAAAUUCUAGAAGAAAAUGAACAGAAAGCGAAAGAGGCUGCCACCAUAGAAGAAGAGUACGAAGCUCUAGAAAGGGAAUGUAAUAUUUUGAGGAAAAGGAACAAAGCUAUAAUGUUAAUGCUUCGACGCAAAUUAAUAGAAGCUGAAGAAACAAGACGUACUCUUAUGAAGAAAAAUUAAAUGACUAUAAACCAGACAUAUAAACCCAAUGACAAUGAGUUUUGGAAUACCAGUUACCGUAUGCACGUCUGUCUAAUAAUAGAAAGACAUCAUAAUAAUUCGAUUCAAAGUUAAUCUAUUAAGCACUUGAUGUUGUCAUGUUUAUUACUUGUAACUUCAUAAGCUAGCCGUUUAUGUAUGCCAUGAGA